AUGAUGCUGGCACGUUCCGAUGAACGCCACCCAAUCGGGAAUGCCGACUACCAGCUGGCGCUGACCAAACGGGUGGACAGGCCACCCGCACUUAACCCGGAAAGAGAAGGCUCGAAGUGCCUGUGGGGAUGGCUUGUGCAGUGGAUCACAGUGAAAAUAGCUGGAAAUAAUUGUCUUGUGCCUGUGCAGAGAGUUACAGAUGAUGAUCUUCAAGUCCUUGCCUCUGUCUUACACGAUUCUGCGUUUGGCACAGGUUUGGAUCUUAGGUGUAACGUAUUGACUGAUGCUGGAGCAAAGCUUGUGGCAACAUUCCUCCAGGAAAACUCCAAUCUGUGCUACCUUAACCUGAUGCUUAAUGAUAUUGGUGCAAGUGGAGCAGAGCUGAUAGCAACAGCGCUCCGUGGGAAUGAAACUCUUAGGUAUUUGAGCAUGACUGGAAACAAAAUAGGAAACAAAGGUGGGAUCUUUGCUUCAAUGCUGCAAAUCAAUUCAGCCUUAGAGAAGCUGGAUCUUGGAGACUGUGAUGUGGAAGAGACCACAGUUCACAUAGCUCUGAUGUUGAAAACCAACACUUCUCUUGUGGAGCUACACUUGUGCAAGCGUGAAAUGAAAAACUUUGGUGUAGAGCGACUGUGUGAGGCACUGUAUGAAAACUCCAGCCUGAGAUACCUUGAUCUUGGCUGUAAUAAAAUCAGCCAUGAUGGUGUAAAGUUUCUGGGAGAACUACUAAAAUGGAACCAGACCCUGGAAAUCCUAGACCUUGGUGCAAACAGAAUAGAAGAUGCUGGAGCCAUCUACCUGCGUGAAGCAUUGGCUUGGUACAACAGGACUCUUUGAGCAUUGUCAGUGGUAAACAAUGGUCUAAGUGGCAAAGGAGUGGUGGCUCUUUCAGAUGCAAUGAAAACAGACAGGGAGCUUUCCUGUAUUUACAUCUGGGGGAACAAACUGGAUGAAGCCACCUGUGUGGCAUUUUCAGAAUUGAUUCAGACAGGCUGCCUGAAACCUAAUUGUACAGACGUGGACCCGUACAAGGCCGAUGGGCACGUUCACCUUGCAGAGCUCUCCCACGGCCUUCAGAAGCAUUACUACUGGACACCAAGCUCGGGGGAGGAGACAAACAAAGAUGCUAAUGCCAGUCUGGCAAUUGCAGCUGUUACAGAGUACCUGUGA